AUGGGUCUUCCGCCAUCGCCCAGUUUCACAUUUAAGAUCCCUUCCAUCCACGACGGGACCCAGCUCUCAUGUCGAUUAUAUAUUCCACGACAAUUGGAACAACCGGAAACCGCUGCGAGCUGGCAGAAGCGGGGUGCGAUAGUCGCUCAUCCAUAUGCCCCUCUUGGUGGCUGCUACGAUGAUCCGGUCGUGAGUACUGUGGGCGAGGAGCUCUUGGAGAGCGGAUACGUCGUGGGGACGUUUAAUUUCCGCGGGGCUGGGGAUUCUGAUGGGAAAACUAGCUGGACGGCGAAGCCUGAGUUGGCUGAUUACGUAUCCUUUUAUGGAUUGAUGCUUUGCUUCCUCGAUGGAUUGAAGAUCGGAGGUUCUACUUCGAGAAUACGAGAAUCGGAUCCAUCGGGGGAAUCUUCUUCUGGUGAUGUCGGCAAGAAUCAAUCUGAGGAUUCCUCUGCGACCUUUUCUAUCAUUCUAUGUGGCUAUUCUUACGGGUCUAUGAUCGCGUCGCAUGUACCGACUGUUGAUGUCGUUCUGAGACUCUUUCAAGACGCUUCCAGAGAUUCAUUUGCUGCUGCUAUUCGGUCCAGAGCGGAUCAGUGCUCUGCGCACUGUAAUAACAGUGUCCAUACCGAGUUUCGACCGCACACACCAGAUCGUACGAGACCGGAUUCACGUCCGCGAUCACCGCUUCCUGUUGUGCUAGGUCAGAGUCCCGUCUCGCAAAAAGAGCGAAAGGUCAUCUUGGAGGGAGUGCGACGCAGUUUAGAUCGAGCGAAACGGAAAAUCAGUUUCAGUUCGAGAUCUUCGGAUGUUGGAUCCCAAGAACGCAAGACGGUCGUUACGGAGAAACCCCAGAUACAGAUACCUAGAAUAUCUUAUCUGCUGGUGUCCCCUAUUUUACCUCCUAUUAGCCAGUUCUUGACUAUGUUCUCCAAGAUUUCGCUGAGCUCAAGUGUGAUUUCUGGGACGUCCGCUCAGGACACGUCUAUUCCGUCUGCGAAGGCCGAAGAGCAGCUUUCUGCUCACCCGACUCUGGUCAUAUACGGGGACAAUGAUAACUUUACUGCAGCCGAUAAGGUCAGAAUGUGGUGUGAGGGGAUAACCAAGACGACGGGAUCUCAAAUCCAUGCUCGAGAAAUUGAAGCAGCCGGACACUUUUGGCAUGAGCAGCGGGCUAAAGCGCAAAUGAAGGCUACGAUCAGGGCAUGGCUGGGUCAUCUGCACCACGAUAAUGAUAAUACUGCAGGGUCGCUCUGA